CAAAGGGAAAGACGCGAGCACUGCAAACCGGCCGAGAGAAGGUAAAGAAAAAGUUUCUCAGACGCAAACAGAGAGAAAUGACAUAUCAAACGCGAUGAGGGCUGAGGAGAGCUGUGCGAUCGCGGAUCCGGUUCCCCGGUGCGCCGGGGGUCCCGCUGAUCGAAGCGAGCGCACCGAGCCGAAGCGCUUCCACACGCCGCGGGUCCGCGGAGACUCGAUCGGCUUCGGCGGCUGCGAUUUAAAACCCAAACGAGAGGCUUUAAAGCUAACAGAUGGUCAAGAUCUAAAGAAUACUGAGCCAAAUGUUGCAUUACUCGAGCAAAAGGCCGGGGAAAACAUUACGGGCGACUUUAGGAGCCCACAACCUCAAGUGUUUGAUUAUAUAGACGCGGAAAGCGAUCUAAUUCAGGUUAUAGAGAGUUCCCUGGAGUAUCAUGGAGAUUUUAGGAUACAGAGUCCGACUUUUUUCCCCACUGAUCUGGAAAUAACAUUGGCCCCCGGGCUGAGAGACAGGGCCCCUCGACACCACUCAGUCGACAGUGAGGACGACGAUUAUUACGAUAACCAAAUUCUGCCCUUUUAUGAGUCGUACGCUCAGUUGAACGACCGAAAUAUCGGUGAGCCAAUAUCGGCGUCGGGGUCCAACAAAACCACGCAAGAAACAGACCGACUGAAGUCGCAACUAAAAGAGGCGUAUUAUUUGCUAAUAAACACAAUGCAUAACAUCAGUUUCGACGGUCAGGUUGAAGAUAACGGAUUUGUGGAUCAGGCCAGUAGCGCAAGUCAAUCUAUCGAUAGCAUUAGCACAGGAAGCGACGCGUCGGAAGAACGUCUGUUUGCGUUUAUCGGACGAUGUGGGGUGGGAGUGACGGGGUCUUCUCGAAGCAGAAGCUUGCAGAAUAUUCGCGACGCGAAUCCCAAACCGAUGCUCCAGCGGUCGGUGAGCGAUAGCAAGGUGAGGUACUCGUCAAAUCGCAAGGACGAGCCGCGACCCGCGGUCGCAUCGGGACGCGGUGCACAACUGGCGACUCCUACAGAAACCCUAACGACGCCUGUUUCGACGCGACAAUCCUGCGACGAUGCAACGGUGCCCAAACAUCCUGGAGUCACCGUCAACAAGAUGCAAGAGUGGAUGCAGAAAGGUCGCGUGCUUUCGUCCGAAAUGAAGCAGAGGAUCGCUGGUUCUUCGCCGAGGGCCAAUCACGUGAGGCCAGCAGCGAUGGAGUUUGUCUGUCAGCGUCAGACCCCGUUUAACCACAUCACCGUCUCCAAGAAACGCCAGUGGCUCCAGCAGAGCUCCGUCACAGCGCCCCCUGCAGCCGAGGAGGAGCAAACACAAACACCGCCGCCGUCUAACUCGCUUCUGACAGACCGAGGUGUGCACG